GGCACUUCCGGCGGCGCGAGCCGGUGGCGCCCAUGGCGGGGUCCUGGAAGCGGGUGUGCGCUUCCCUUGGGCGUCACGGCUUCCACACUGCUGGGGGUCACUACAAGGCUCGGACCGGCGCGGAGCACCAGUGGCUGAUGCGGCAGUUGAAGGACCCGUUCGUGAAGGCUGCGAAGGUGGAGAGUUACCGGUGUCGAAGCGCCUUCAAGCUUCUGGAGAUGGAUGCGAAGCACCGGAUCCUGCGGCCAGGCCUCCGGGUGUUAGACUGUGGGGCGGCCCCUGGGGCAUGGAGCCAGGUGGCUGUGCGGAAGGUCAACGCUGCAGGCACAGAUCCCAGCAGUCCUGUUGGCUUUGUGCUGGGGGUAGACCUUCUUCACAUAUCACCGCUGGAAGGAGCAACCUUUUUGUGCCCUGCUGAUGUGACGGACCCAAAAACCUUCCAGAGAAUCCAAGGACUGCUUCCUGGUGGGACAGCAGAUGUCCUUCUGAGCGACAUGGCACCCAAUGCCACAGGGAUCCGGGGCCUGGAUCACGACAGGCUCAUCGGACUGUGCCUGUCCCUUCUGGACAUGGCUCCACAGAUCCUGCACCGAGGGGGGUCAUUCCUUUGUAAAACCUGGGCUGGGAGUCAAAGCCAUCGGCUGCAGAAGAGACUGACCGGGGAGUUCCAGAACACCAGGACGCUGAAGCCUGAAGCCAGCAGGAAAGACUCUGCAGAGGUGUACAUCUUGGCCACGCAGUACCGCCCGCCAAAAGGGUCUGGGAAGGGCUGAGCACUCCUCCGCCGCUGCCGGUCCUUUUCCCCGCGAGUGCACACGGGACAAGUGGGGGACCUUGUUCUUCAAAGGGGAAAGAACAAGACUGUGUUCAGUGGCUGUGAUAAAAAACAAAAAACAAACAGCCCGUCCCAUGACUUGUGAAGAGGGUGUUCCGUGAGAAAGAGACAAGGUGAAAAGAUGGGAAGACCGGCUGCGAGGGAAGGACAGAAAUGCAGGAGGCAGAGCUGGAGAGUGGCUCAAGCCUUCAGGCUCAGCUCUCACCCGCAGACUAGCGGGUUACCCAGCAACGGGUCCCGCCCGCGCUCCAGGCGCAGCGCAGGUUUCAGGGGUGGUUGUGGCCAUUCGUAUAACGGAGAAAAGUCUGAACUUUCAGUCUGGGAAUGAUUUCCAUCUGUCUGGUGAAUGGUCUGGAAAGACAUCCGUUCUUCCAGCAGCGAGAAUUCCCAGGACAAUUAGGGAGGGCGUUUGAUGUGAAUUUGUGCCCGGGGUGGGUGUGCUUUAGUUUUUGCUGGAGUCCACGUUGCUGUAACACGCGGGCUCCCCGGACCAUAAAUGUGAUUGCCUCCGCGA